GUUUGUCCCUUCUGCCUUUCCGUCCCUGCAUGGGCCGUUCCUUUCUCCUUCCUCGGCGUCCCCGUUAGCUGCACGCAGGCCCGGCACGGCCCGGCCCGGCUGCUCCCGAGUUCUGACUCCCGUCAAAAAUGAAGAUCUGGGCGUCAGAGCACAUUUUCAACCACCCGUGGGAGACGGUGACCAAGGCCGCAAUGCAGAAGUACCCCAACCCCAUGAACCCCAGUGUGUUUGGUGUGGAUGUUCUGGACAGAAGUGUGGACACGGAGGGGCGGUUACACAGCAAAAGACUGCUCAGCACAGAGUGGGGUCUUCCCGCCAUCGCCAAAUCUAUCAUUGGAUUAACGAGAACACAUACCUACGUCCGAGAACAUUCAGUAGUGGACCCCAAACACAAGAUCUUUGAGCUGAAAUCUACAAAUAUCUCCUUCACUAACCUGGUGUCUGUGGACGAGAAGCUGACGUAUAAGCCUCAUCCGCGGGAUCCCGACAAGACUGUGCUGACCCAGGAGGCUGUGAUCAGCGUGAAAGGUGUCAGUCUGAGCAGCUACCUCGAGGGCCUGAUGGCCAACACCAUGUCCGUCAACGCCGGCAAGGGCCGCGAAGCGAUGGAGUGGGUCAUCCGGCGGUUAAACACGGAAAUUGAGGAGCUGGCGGCGACGGCUCGCGGCACCAUGCGUGCGCCCAUGGCGGCGGCGGUUGCGGACAAAUAAUAGCGAGCCGCCGCCCGUCAUGAACUGGCGCGACACCUCGUCAGCCAGUACAGCCUAAUUACUACAGCCUCCACAAGCCACGUGUGUGUGUGUGUGUGUGUGUGUGUGAUUGGCUCUCUAAUAGAGUGAAGUAUAGUGUGUGUGCAGAGAGAAUGUGAUUGUGUGUGAGAUUGAAACCCUUUAAACAAACAUUUCAUUAAAGCACUGUAAACAGCUA